AUGGCAUUGUGUUUCAGAAGUGUGAGCAACAUCUCAAGUGGUUCACUAAUCCAGCACUCAAUACCAGCGCAGAAUAUACAUCGUACCUUUUUCCCGACGCAUUUGAAUCCGUUCAAAUUGCGACAUUAUCAUCGUUUACCACUGCCAAAACGAAUACUGCGCACGAUUGGCACGAAAUACGUACCCAUCAAAACGCUCACUAAACUUAUCAAGGAGAAAGAAGAGGUGAGUGACAUUAUGACAGCUUUUAUUGAGAAUGUGUGUACUGCGAAAGUUGUUCGUGUCAUUCAUUCCCUUCAGCAAAUGUUCACUUGA